AUGAUUGGCAUAGGCCGGCUGGUUCUCCCGUCGACGUUGUUUCGAGCGUACCGGGGAACUGUGGUCCGCUCGUCACCUCACCCAACUCAGCUUUGCCAUCACCGCCUUGGCUCCCGGUGGUUUUCGCUGCUGCCACCUCGUUUGGCAGCGAAGCCAUCUACUGCCCAAGCCAGCCCCUCCAGAGGCCAAGUGAAGCAUGAGAUCCGCCGCUUGCUCAAAUUGGCGCGUCCCGAGUACAAGCUCUUGGCAUUGGCGUUUGGGUGUAUCAUUGUCACGUCGCUGGUGCUGAUGUCGCUCCCGCUCUUCAUCGGUAAAAUCAUUGAUACCGCUAAACCUCUUGAUGACAAUGACGAUGACGAUAAAGACGGCAAUAAAGUGGUGACUGAAUUUGCUCCUGAAGAGAAAGAUACCGUGAUUUUGGGACUCCCCGCGCACCAGUUCUACAUGGCGUUGGGGGCGUUGUUCACCGUGGGGGCAUUAGCCAACUUUGGUCGUACCUACUUGCUUCGGUCGGUUGGGGAACGGCUUGUGGCUCGGCUCCGGCUGCGGCUUUUCUCGAAGAUAUUGUGCCAGGACCUGUACUUCUUCGAUGUUGGUCCCACCAAGCUGGGGAUGAAAACAGGUGAUUUGAUUCUGCGGUUGCUGGCAGAUGCUCAAAUCAUCUCUAAGACGUUGAGUGGUAAUAUCAGUGACGGGGUCAGACUGCUCAUAUCGGGUAUGGUGGGGCUUCUGAUGAUGUGCUACGUGCUGUGGAAGCUUUGUCUCUGCAUGCUGGCGAUCUUCCCUCCGUUGAUCAUCAUGCUGACGGUUUACGGGCGGAGAAUCAAGAAAUUGCUGCGUACGAUCCAGGAAAACCUCGGGGCGAUGACUAAAGUGACAGAAGAGAAGCUUAACGGGCUUAAGACGAUUCAACUGUUCUCUCAACAACGAGCAAUGGUCCAUGACUACAACCAUGAGAUCAAAAACAUCUUCAACCUGUCGAUUUAUGAGGGGAAACUUUCGGGGAUGUAUAAUGGUUUCAACGGGUUUCUCGGUAAUGUCACCUUGAUCAGUCUUUUGGUGAUUGGUACGAAGUUAAUCGGCCAAGGCGAGAUGACAAUUGGUGACUUGUCGUCGUUCAUGAUGUACGCUGUAUACACGGGGUCGCUGGUGUUUGGCCUUGGCAACUUCUACACUGAACUUAUGAAGGGGGUAGGUGCAGCGGAACGUAUCUUUGAGCUCAAGGACUCCAAGCCGCUGAUCACUACUUCGUUGGGCAAAAAAGUUGACGAUUUGUAUGGGGACAUUGCCCUCAAUAAUGUCAAGUUCGCCUACCCGCUGCGACCCAACUCUGAAGUAUUUGCCAACUUGGACUUACGCAUUCGCGCCGGUGAAAAUGUUUGUCUUGUCGGGCCUUCCGGUAGUGGUAAGUCGCUGGUGCUGCAAUUACUUAUGCGCUUUUACGACCCUCUCUCAGGGUCAGUGACGGUGAACGGCCACGACAUCCUGGAUUUGAAUCUCAACUUCUACCGGAGUCAGAUGGGCUACGUCCAGCAAGAACCUUUGCUUUUCCUGGGUACCAUCAGAGACAAUCUUACGUUUGGUAAGCGCGACGCUACCGAAGGUGAGCUUGACGAAGCCAUGCGUCUUUCCAACUCGCUCAACUUCAUUCGCGACUUGCCUCAAGGUCUCGACACCGUGAUUGGUCCUCUGAACCUGACACAGCUUAGUGGUGGUCAACGGCAACGGAUCUCGUUGGCGCGAACCCUCAUUCGGCACCCAAAAAUGCUUAUUUUAGACGAAGCAACGCUGGCGCUUGAUCUGAUAUCUGAGGAGUUGGUGAUGCGGAACUUGUUGAUGCUUAACCGCGACUUGGGCGUCACCAUCAUCAACAUUGCCCAUCGGUUGUCGACUAUUCGCAACAGCGACCGUGUGAUUGUGUUCAAUCAGCAAGGGGAAGUCGUCGAAGACGGGCCUUUCUCCGAAUUGUAUGGAAAUCCCAACUCUGAACUCAACAAGUUGUUGAAAAAUCACGACUUGGAAUAG